UGGGCGACAGCGAAAGCGAAACACGCGCAGAUCGAAAGGGAGAGGGGAAGGAGAGGGAGACGAAGAGCGAAAGAGAGAGAGAGAGGGUCAGCGGCAGAGACAGAGGCAGAGGGAGAGGGAAUGGAGAAACAAAGCGAGGCGAAUGGUGAUGUUGCAGAGGCCAAUAGGCGUGUGCGUGUUUACGCCGAUGGAAUCUACGAUCUCUUCCACUUCGGGCAUGCUCGAUCCCUUGAGCAAGCCAAGAAACUGUUCCCAAAUACAUACCUACUUGUUGGAUGCUGCAAUGAUGAAAUCACCCGCAAGUUUAAAGGCAAAACUGUUAUGACUGAAGAUGAGCGCUAUGAAUCUCUUCGCCACUGCAGAUGGGUUGAUGAAGUUAUUCCUGAUGCCCCGUGGGUGAUGACACAGGAGUUCCUUGACAAGCAUAAAAUUGAUUAUGUGGCUCACGAUUCUCUUCCUUAUGCUGAUGCAAGUGGAGCUGGAAAGGAUGUCUAUGAAUUUGUUAAAUCUAUUGGAAAGUUUAAGGAAACCAAGCGGACCGAGGGGAUCUCUACAUCAGAUAUUAUAAUGAGGAUGCUUAAAGAUUAUAACGAGUAUGUGAUGCGAAACUUGGACCGUGGAUAUUCAAGGAAGGAACUGGGAGUUAGCUAUGUGAAGGAGAAGCGGCUGAGAGUGAAUAUGGGUUUAAAGAAGCUACAUGAGAAAGUGAAGCAACAACAAGAAAAAGUUGGGGAGAAGAUACAAACUGUGGCAAAAACUGCUGGUAUGCAUCGUAAUAUGUGGGUGGAGAAUGCAGAUCGCUGGGUUGCUGGUUUCCUUGAGAUGUUUGAGGAAGGUUGCCACAAAAUGGGAACUGCCAUCAGGGACCGUAUUCAAGAGCGAUUGAAGGGACAGCAGGCAAGGGGACUCAUGUAUCUGCCAGAUGAUGAUGAUGAAAAUGAUGACGAAUACUAUGAUGAUGAGGAUGAAGAAUACUAUUAUGAUGAUGAUGAUGAAGAAGAAGA